AAGAGGUGUGUUUUGUUGUGCACUGUAAUUACAGAUAACAGUCUUCCUCUAUCCCACCUCUCCCGUGACUUAUUACUACUCAAUAUAACUACUACUUUAGAUAUUUCUCAACCAAAUUCAUUCAUUCAUUCCUCAACUCAACUUCAAUUCAACUACACCACCUUUUCUCAAAGCAAACAAGUUUUGUUUGUGAAUUCGAAAUUGAUGAGGUGAAAAAAACAGAGGUUUUUAGACAAGAAGAAUGUCGUCGUCUUGUUUGAGCAGAGCAUACAGAUUAGAGGCGCUCGACCUCGACAUUAUAAAAUCCCCUUCCUCGACUUGGAUUUCCAGCUCUUCCUCUCCUUCUUCCACGCUAUCAGAGUCCACCACCUGCAACAGCAACACCAACUCCGUCUCCACGAGGAAGCCGCGCACCCCUCGCAAGCGCCCCAACCAGACCUACAACGAGGCGGCUGCAAUUCUCUCCACUGCCUACCCCAAGAUCUUCCCGGCCGCCAAGCCGGGAAACUCCCGCGGCGGCGCAUUCUCCUUCGAGCCCUCCGAGCUGCUCAUGCCGCUCCGGCAGGUGGACACGUGGCGGCUGCUUCUCGACCUCGAUCUCGAGAAGCCGGUCGACAUCAAGGGGCUGAGCGCGCUCGAGAAGCCGGGCCUCAGCCUCCCCGAGAUAUCGAACUCGUCGCGGUGUGAAGAAGACGAGGAGGAGUUCGAUGCGGAGUCGAUUUUGGAGGAGGAGAUUGGGGGCGGGAUUGAGAGCAUAUUGGGGAAUCUUGAAAUGGAUAAUAAGGAAAAUGAUGCUCCUGUGAAUAACACGUUUUGCUAUGGAUAUCCGGUGGGAUUGGGAUUGGAAUCGAGGGCGAUGAGGGGAGCGGAUGAGUGGUGGAAGUUCCCUUGCGUUAAUGUGGUUGAUGUGAAUCCGAAUGUUGCAAUUGCUGGUGGCAAGAAAAAGAAGAAGGUGGAAAUCAAGAAAGUGGAAGAAGAAGAAGAAGAAACAGAGGACUCUGUUUCUGCUGAGCCGAAUGCGGGGAUGCUCGGCCUCAGAUUGAACUAUGACGGCGUCGCGCGCGCUUGGUCGGAUAAGCCGUGGCCGUUCUCCGAGGAGUCCUCGGAGUCCGACGUUCGGGCAAGAUUGGGGCGGAUAGAGCUGUUUUCGGAGAAGGGGGGAGUGAGAGAGGCGAGUGUGCAGCGCUACAAGGAGAAGAGGCGAACGCGCCUCUUCUCGAAGAAAAUACGAUACCAAGUCCGCAAAGUCAAUGCGGAUCGUCGCCCUAGAAUGAAGGGGCGGUUUGUUAGAACGCCCACUGAUUCUGAUGAUUAGACCUCUUUUUUCUU